GCCUCUGUCAGCGAGUAGAGUAAUUUAUUCACCAACCUGCCUCACACUGGCCCACUAGGAGUUGACUGAAGAAGUCGACAAGACAGUUUUGGGGCCACGGGAGCCUUUUGCUGCGUAUAGGCCCACGCGGAAUACCCGCGCUGUGCCCACUCGCGUGUUUGUGUAGCUUAGCAGUGUUGUGUUGAUGUACGGACACUUGUGCGCUAGCUACGCUAACGUUAGCACGAGUGGAGAGAGUGCGGGGUAGUGACAGUCCGGCCGGAGGCGGGGAGAGCUACGAGAAACAAACACCUUCUAUGUCUUCAUCAUCUCUGGAAAUCAGAAGAGAUGUCUGUUGACGAGGAUACGGCAAAAAUGGGCAGUCCACAGCCCACUUCCACAUCAUCUCCGCAGCUCACCGAUUGUACUGGAGGUUACUGCGAUGUGUCUGCGAUGAUUGAUGGAACUGCAGCCACAUCUGAAUUUGCAGCUGCUUUCCCUCUUCCGGGCACUGCUGCCUCACCAAAACACACCAGCACAACUGAUGCGCUCACCCUCGCAGACAAUACUGGACAGAGAGCCAGAGGGAACGAGAAUAGCAUCAAUCGUAGGAAUAGCUUUCAUCAUUCCAAACAACAGCAACAACAGACGAAGCUAACAAAGCGGCGCUAUACGGCAAAUUCUGGUUUCAAGCAUCCUUCAUCUGGCAAAAGGAGACGAAGGGCGAACUCUGAGAGUGAUUCUGUCCUGCCGACCAACUUUCUCUUGGGUGGGAACAUUUUUGACCCGCUGAAUCUCAACAGCCUGCUGGAUGAGGAGGUCAACAGGGCACUGAAUGCAGAGACUCCCAAAUCCUCUCCACUGCCAGCAAAGAGUCGAGACCCUGUGGAGAUACUCAUCCCUAGAGACAUCACAGAUCCACUGAACCUGAACAGUGGGAUAGCUGACAGCAGCUUUUUGGUUUCUCCCUUCAAAAGUGGCGGAAGGAAGAGACACCGCAACAGACACCAUGGAGGAGGAGGGAGUGGCAGUGGCAGUGGUGGCAGUAGUGGGAUUUCAGCCACACAGAUGACACUUUUAGAAUUAGGAAAAAGUGAAGUUAAAACUGGCCCUUCCAUGCCACUUCAAGGUACCUUAGCCUCAUGUUCUGCCCUAGAAUCCAACAACGAGUCCAGUAGUGUUUCUAGUGUUAUAGUGGAGUUCCAUGAGCAUACAGACUGCAACUCUGCAAGCUGCAAAGAGGAGGCGACAUCUGUAUCUGUGGAGGAUUCUGCUUCUUCCCUGUCAGGGGCACCGCACCAGCACACAAGCAGACGCAAGCGAAGGCGCAACUCAGGCAAAAUGGAGCCCCCUGUGACCCAUUCUACUCCAGUCGGAAAGUCUGGAUCUGUAGACAGGCUUUGUGGGACAGGGGGAGCAAGAAAUUCCUUUCAGACAUCAAAAACUGGUCCCAAAACAGGCCCUGGAAUACGCCAGCACCCACAGACCCACUCUCAUACAAAUCAGCAGAAGAAGUUCCAGUAUGGGAAUUAUAACAAGUAUUAUGGAUACCGCAACCCAGGCUGCAGCGAAGACCCUCGUGUACGUUUGCUUCGUCCAGAGUGGUUUAAAGGUAAAGAAGUACUAGAUUUGGGGUGCAACUCAGGCCAUGUAACGCUCUAUAUUGCCAAAAUGCUAAGACCUGCCCGCAUAUUGGGCCUAGACAUUGACAGUGGUCUGAUACACGCAGCUCGUAAGAACAUAAGACAUUAUCUGUCUGAGCUGCAGACCCAAGAGGCCAGGCGUGUGAUGCAGGGCAAAAAGACUACGAAGCAGGAGGAGACAAAUGGAAAUGAGAGUCACAUGGGCACAGAAAAGAAGCACAAUGAAGCCAAGAGCAGGGAUGAAAAUGGGAAACCAGUGGAAGGAGAAAGUGGCCCUGCAGAUGCUGCAAAUGACAAUGACUCGUGUCACACAGAUGAGACAGGGACCCAGAGGCAGGGCAGCAAAACAGAGGAAAUGGAGCCAGAAGACUGUGAUUCACCCCCUGCUGAUCAUUCUGAGAGCUGCUCUUUUCCUGUAUCCCUACGGAUCUCCAGGGGUCCCAUUGCUGCACCCCCGCUAACAGAAACAUCCAAGGUGCAGCCUGGGGAGUUCCCUUCAAAUGUGUCCUUCAUCAAGGCAAAUUAUGUACUGGAGAACGAUAAUCUUCUUUUGACUCAGCGGCCAGAAUAUGAUGUGAUUCUGUGUUUGAGCGUCACUAAAUGGGUUCACCUGAACUGGGGAGACAAUGGCCUCAAGCGGCUCUUUAAAAGAGUCUACAGACAUCUCCAUCCGGGGGGCCUUUUCAUCCUGGAGCCACAGCCCUGGGAGUCCUACGUGAGGAGAAAGAAGCUAACUGAUAAUAUUAGCAGGAAUUAUCACAGCAUCCGCCUCAAACCUGACCAGUUUUCAUCAUAUCUUACAACUGAAGUGGGCUUCACCAGUUUUGAGUACAUUGGAGCCCCCAAGUGUUCAGUAAGAGGUUUUCAGAGGCCAAUCUAUGUAUUUCACAAAUGACUGCUCCUGCGUUGAACAUCAUUGAAUGUGAGUAGCCUAAACCACCAUCAUGCGUUCAAGCCAGCCAUCUGCACUGGACUACAAGGAAUAAUUUGGAUCCUUAAAGCGCUCCGGGUUUUGAUGCUGAAGAUGAGAAUCAGAAAGGAAAAUGGGACCAAAAGUGGAAUUCAUUUUGUUAAGGACGCAGACUGUCAGAGAGAUGUCAGAAUCCUCUGACUAGAAAUUAUUGAAAGCGUGGAGUGAACUCAGACAGGACUCCGUGGGUAACCUGGAGCCAAAACUCCUAGUUUGGUCUGACUGUGGAAGAGGUGCACAUCUGAUCUGAUUUCCAUGGACUACUUCUAAUGGUAUUGAUGCCUCAGUUUGAUGCAUGGCCAUAACUUGCAUUGGAAUAUCUUUGGCCAUAUCUUUACUUUCAUGAAGUUUCUGUGCCAUCAUAUUUUUACAUCUUUUACAUAUUAGGAUUGGAUGAUGGGAAGUCUUAUCCAAUUGGUCACCAUCACCCUUUUUAACAGGUGAUAGAUGUUCAUCAACUCUGUUGCAUGAGCAAAGCUGCACUAUAAUACAUGAUUACAAAGCCAUUAAAGCGAUAAUAUUAAAUCUUUUGAAAAGUAAUGUUUUAUGCUGUGCAGGACACUGUGCACAAUAUUUGUGAAUGUAGCCCAUACUGGCUGUUCCACUGUAACUACUGAAGACCUACAAAUCCUGCCUUACCUGUUUGGAUCAAGUUUAAACCCUUAAAUGCUCUUGCAGCAGCCAUGUAAGUGAACAUUUGUUUGUGAUAUUAUUUUUUUUAUUUUUUUAUAAAUGGCUAAACAAGGUCAGUCAGCCAUUGAGGCAAUUUAACACUAAUAGCCUAUGUAUUUGUCCCAUCUUCCAAACCUAAUGUGCUGCUUGUUCUUUCAAUUAUUUUGCAAAAGUUGCUGAAUUAACUUUCAUACAUGUGACAGAGUGCUCAUAAUAGCUUGAAUUUGACAUUAGAAAAAGCACCUCAAUCGCACAAAGACCUUAAGAAGUGGACAAAUGGAGUGUCUGAAUAAAUAGAAAUAUUAUGAAUAAAUAUAUGGCGGCACAAUAGGAAAAGUUCACUAAGUGGCCAAAAUGGCAUCCAGUUUCAUUUGAACUGAGAUGACACCCAGUGUUACUAUUCAGAUCACAAGGACUAUUUUAAGUAGAUCUGUAGCAGGCAGUCAUUGUGUGUUCUUUUUUUUUUUUUUUUUUUUUAUAAGCAGUUAAGCCAUAGCUGUACCUUAACUGCUGUCUCCAGUGUUCUUCAUGAGGUGCUGACUGAUACAACCGAGUGUAAAAUUGAGGCAAAGGUCUAUUUGAGGUCCUGCAGUGUCUUCAGUCCUGUGUAAAUCAGUUUUAUGGGUUUGUUCUCAUGCCUGUCCAGUACUCUAGCAGUAGGAUGAACAAAAAAAAUACUUUUUUGGAAAAAUGUGUUGCUUGAAUAAUUUUAUUUAUUUAUUUUUUUUUAACCAAAUUUGAAUAUAAAUUGGCUUUUUAUUGGACAGCUUACACCCUCACCAUUUUAGUCUUUGACCUAAUGGGGUCUGUUCAGUGUUUCCCACAGAUAUGGGUUCGGUUUGUGAUGAUGGGGGUGUUAUGGGUGGGUGGAAGCGUUGAAAAGAUGGCGCGCACAUGCUUACAAAAUGUUUUCAAGGUGCUCCUCAGUAAAUAUUUUAAUUGAGCAAGUACAUCCUCACAAAUAAAUAACAGAGCAUCUCCAGUGAGUCCAUCGUCUCACAGAUGGGGCUCUGACCACAGCUGGUGCUCCUAGUUUAGCUCUGCAGCCUUGGCGAGCUCAGUGUGUUGCACACAAUGUUUUCUGCCUGCUGCAGGUUCUGGUUAGAUUGGUCCUCUAGCUUGCAGCGGACUUCCGGAGAAGGAUAAGGACUCCUCUCCCCAUCUGCAGCCCAAGACUGUGGUGAAGGAGUCGGUCAGUCUGCUGGAUGAGAGGCCCAAGCAGCAGAAUGAUGUGGAAGGACACCACAACAGAGACUUGGCUAUUGAGCAAGCUGGAAGGGAAACAUGAGAAAGGCAGGGGCUAGCUGGUUAGCUGCAACUUGACUUUUAAAAUUGGAGGGUUGGCCACUAGUGUAAUUUAUUAUGGAAGGGGGUGUUCUCUUGGGUGACUGGAAAAAAAUAAAUGCUAACAUGAGUCCCCAAGUAUACUUGGGCAGCCUCUCUAAGUAAUGGCUAGAUGUGGGAAACACUGGAGCUUCAGGUAGCCUUUGCGAUUGCAUCUCUUAAUCGGUUUCCAUUGAGCACCACCCAUCUGCAACCUUUUGUUGGAAGAGGCUGACACAGAAAAUCUUCCUUUUCAUGUGGUGGGUUCAGUUACAGCUUUGGUGUAAUAGGGCAGGAGAUUACAGAUAACAUGUUUCUGUUUUAUUAAGUGAUCAAUGUAAAUAAGUUUGCAAAUUUUGUUCAUAGUGGCCUGUAUCAUUUUUCAGUGGUUUGUCUUCCUUUGUUCUUUUUAUAAUGUUUGCUACCAGUUUACAAGUGAGUCACAGUUGUUUUGUUUUUUUUUUGUCUAAAAAAAAAGUUCAGCUUUGUAACAAAGGAAAAUGUACUUUGCAAAGUUCAGUUUUAUUUUUGCUUUGUUCUGCCCUGGCAGGCACAUUGAUUGUUGGGUUAUUUUAUUUUUCUUUUUUUAUAAAUUGUUUGAAAGGA